AUGAGGGAGUGCACGCGUGGAUUCACCAAUACGGAAAAUAUGGCAAGGUUAAGGAACUGUUUACGUGGUGAGGCUAGGGAGGUAGUAUCGGCGCUGCUGUUUACCGCGAAGGAACCAGCAGACAUUAUGCGGACACUGGAGCAGUGUUUCGGCCGCCCGGAAGUGAUUAUUGAUUGUGCGUUAGAUGACUUGAAACGCCUUCCGCGCCCGGGUCAAACCGCCCAGGAGUUAAAUUCGUUCGCUAUUAAGUUGCAAAAUAUAGUGUGUAUAAUUCAAAACGUUGACGGCAAAGGAUAUUUACAAAAUCCGAUGCUAACUAGGGAGGCCGCGUUGGUGCGAUUAUGCGGAGCACUACGGAAGUGCGGACGAACCGGACAUUGUCACACUAUCCCGGUUUAUGAUGAGAGAGACUGA